AUGGCACGAGAACAAGAAAAAGAGAAACAAGCCGCGGCGGCAGCGGCAGCGGCAGCAGCAGCGGCAGAUGACGACGAGAGGCCGCCGGUCGUCGUCCCGGACAAGAACUACGGUUUCCCCCGCGACGCCUUCGACCCGUCCCUCCUGCCGGACUUCGACGUCGACUUCCUGUCCCCCGAGGCCCGCGAGGCCUUCGUCCAGGCCCUGUCCGCACCGGACCCGGCCCACAGCACCGAGGACGUCUCCCACACCAUCCGCCUCGGCAGCCCCGUCCCCGGGAGCGCGGGGCCCGGCCGCAGCAGCUUCGACAACAGCGUCACGCGGCGCCAGUCGACGGCGGCCCCAGAUUUGGGGAAGAAAGAAGGUGGUGAGAAUGAGAAAGAGGACCCCCAGGAGGUGGCUGCGCACGCGGCAGCUGCGGCGGCUGACGUCUCUGCGCCGUCGCAGCCGAAUGGGAAUAAUGUCAAUGGCAAUGGCAGUGCGUAUGGAUGUGCGCAGCCGCGGGACAGCCUGUUCAUCACGGCGCAGAACGACUGGGCGCCGGUGCACCAGAAGAUUGCGAGGUCCGGCACAUCGGGAGGAGGAGGAGGUAGUGGUGGCACGGGCGCCAAGGGCCACGGCAAGCGGCGGCACAAACGGCCACGGACGGCGCGCCCGGGGCGGCGCACCAAGGAUGAGACGCGCGAGGGCUAUCUGUACGGCUUGCUCAAGUGGCCGUUCCUGCUGUUCGUCAGCGGGUGGGUGCUGGGGCUGGCGCUCGCGUACGUGCUGACGCGGUACUACAUCUGGUUCUACGAGUACUUCAUCAGCUGGCGCGGGCGGCGCGAGCGCCUGCGGCGCAACAUGCGCGCUACCAGCGGCUACCGCGAGUGGCGGGCCGCCGCGCGCGAGCUCGACGAGUUCCUCGGCAACUCGGCGUGGAAGGAGACCAACGAGUUCGCCUACUACGACUGGAAGACGGUGCGCCGCGUGUGGGACAGCCUCAAGAAGAGCCGCGAGAAGGCCGAGGCCGUCGAGCGCAGGAUCUCCGAGGGCCAGGCCGUCGAGAGCGACGAGCGGCAGGACGGCGAGAAGGCUGUCGAGGCGCUGCGUGCGCUGCUGGCCGCGUGCGUCAAGAAUAACUUUGUUGGCGUCGAGAACCCGAGGCUGUACUCGCAGACGUACUACGGCACCAAGAACCUGGUGCAGAACCACGUCGACGAAGUGGAGAAAAGCCUCAAAUUCAUCCUGGACACGAAGCAGAUGAAGCUCGAGGACAAGCGCGAGCUGUUCAGGAGCUUACAUGGCAACUACGGCCGGACGGCGCUGUGCCUGUCGGGCGGGGCGACCUUCGCCUACUACCACUUCGGCGUGGUCAAGGCGCUGCUCGAGGAGGACCUCCUGCCGGACGUGAUCACGGGCACGAGCGGCGGCGCGCUGGUGGCGGGGCUGGUUGCGACGCGGACCAACGAGGAGCUGAAGCAGCUGCUCGUACCAGCGCUGGCGAGCAAGAUCACGGCGUGCUCGGAGCCGUUCACGACGUGGUUCCGGCGGUGGUACCGCACUGGGGCGCGGUUCGACUCGGUGGACUGGGCGCGGCAGUGCGCGUGGUGGACACACGGGUCCAUGACGUUCCGCGAGGCGUACGAGCGGACGGGCCGCAUCCUCAACGUGUCGUGCGUCCCCGCCGACCCGCACAGCCCGACCAUGCUAUGCAACUACCUGACCAGCCCGGACUGCGUCGUGUGGUCGGCGGUGCUGGCCUCGGCCGCCGUCCCGGGCAUCCUCAACCCUGUCGUGCUCAUGAUGAAGCAGCGCGACGGCUCGCUGGCCCCCUACUCGUUUGGCCACAAGUGGAAGGACGGCAGCCUGCGUACCGACAUCCCUAUUAAGGCGCUCAACUUGCACUUCAACGUCAACUUCACCAUCGUCUCGCAGGUGAACCCGCACAUCAACCUCUUCUUCUUCAGCUCGCGCGGCUCUGUCGGGCAGCCCGUAACCCACCGCCGGGGCCGCGGCUGGCGCGGCGGCUUCCUCGGCUCCGCCGCCGAGCAGUACAUCAAGCUGGACCUGACCAAGUGGCUCAAGAUCCUGCGGCAGCUGGAGCUCCUCCCGCGCCCGCUGGGCCAGGACUGGAGCCAGGUGUGGCUGCAGGCCGGCUUCGGCGGCACCAUCACCAUCUGGCCGCGCAGCAUCGCCAUGGACUUUGUGCACAUCCUCUCGGACCCGACGCCUGCCCGCCUCGCGCGCAUGAUCCACGAGGGCCAGCAGAGCGCCUUCCCCACGCUCAAGUUCGUCGCCAACCGCCUCAAGGUCGAGAGGCUCGUCGAGCUCGGCCGCCGACAGACGAGGGGCCUCGACAUCGUGACUGGUGCCGGUGGCGGCGGCGCGUACAGGGGCAGGGAUAGCAUAAUUGAUGACGACGAACUUAGGGCUCUGCUGAGGGGCCACGGCAGGGCUGGUGGGAGGGGCGACUCUGGCGGAAGCGGGCCCGACGUGCUGGGUGGGGUCAGCGGCACUGCCACCGAGGAUGAGACCACCACCGCCGACGAGAUGGAUGUUUCAUUUGCGGAGAGCGCGGUCAUCGAUGACGAGGAGGAUGAGUCCUCGUCGCCCGGGGGCAGCGGCGAGGAGGUGCUGGAGAGUGUAGAGGGGACGGGAGAUGACGGGGAGAGGGACCCGCUUCUUGAGGUUGAUGUCGAGGAGGAGCGGCGGCAAUAG